AGUGGUUGGCUAUAUGCGUCACGCUCACACGUCGCGAGUUAAAUUUUUGUGUGGACGUUGUGUGGCUGCUGUGGGAAAAGCUGAAGAAAAUAGCAUUUUUUGCAUAAUGCGCGGCGUGAAAAGCUAACAAAAGUUGUGGAAAAUCAAAAUUCAAUAGUCUGGCCACGGUUUGUGCGUAAGAGCGGGCGGCGCGAACGUGUUUGGUGCACAAAAAUCACGUCUCGAAAAUCCAAGAAUUCUACGUGCACACAUUUUUUGGGCUGCCAUAUAUAAAAAACGCAUACAAACGCAUUUUCUCGCUGUAUAGCGGAGGAGCAGCAGUUUUCACACACACCGACGCAGGAUCAGUCACUCUCACACGCGCAAGCAGACACACACACACAAUACACACAAACAAUACACUCACGAGAUAUGCGAGCAUAAAGAAGAAUUUUUUCUUAGUUGUAUUACAAGAGCAUUAGAUACAUAUAUACAUAAGUAUAUAAAUAUACAUAUAUACACACCCGCCUAAGUGUGUACAUAAAGAAAUACAUAUAUAUUAAACGAAAGCUGUGCCUACAUUUGUGUUCUUUUCCAAUACUAAAAUAACAACAAUAAUACUAAUAUAAAUACCAUAAAUGCAAAUAAGAGAGAGAUAACAAGAGAGAGACGAGAUUCCCACUUGUCUGUUGCUAAAUUCCAAUUUAUAAAGCAAACAAAAAUACGCCUAUGCCACGCCCACGCGCAACAACAAUAAUAAAUAAAUAAACAACAAAUGCAAAAAUCAACCAAACGAAUAAAACUUUAAACUACUUUAAAGUGUGAUAAGCAAAAAGGCUGAAAUCAAAACAAAACAAAAACUAAAUAAUUAGUAGAAAACCAAAAGCAUCAACAACAGCAACAAGAAAAAACAACAACCACAAAGAAAACAAACAAAUCAAACAAUCAAUUACAUUUUACACCAAAACACGAAGAAACAUCAAACAAACAACCUUUUUAUACAUUAAUUAUUUUUCUUAAAACAAAACCUUAAAACUUAGUGCAAAAACAUGUAUCCAGUCGGACAACAGUCACAGUGGACCCCCUCGCCCACUCGGCCUCAGAGUCCCUCUCAGGCGCAGACUAGCUUCGACACGCUCACAUCACCACCAACGCCCGGCUCGUCGGUAAAUCCCACCGCUGUCACCAGUCCAAGUGCUCAGAAUGUGGCAGCUGGAGGAGCCACUGUGGCCGGUGCUGCAGCAGCUGCCGCUCAGGUGGCCUCCGCCUUGGGCGCCACCACCACCGGCAGCGUGACGGCAGCCAUUGCCACCGCCACGCCAGCUGCUCAGCCGGAUAUGCCCGUCUUCACGUGCCCACGUCGUCCGAAUCUGGGUCGCGAGGGUCGACCGAUUGUGCUGCGCGCCAAUCACUUCCAGGUGACGAUGCCCCGCGGCUAUGUGCAUCAUUACGACAUCAACAUCCAGCCGGACAAAUGUCCGCGUAAAGUUAACCGUGAGAUUAUCGAGACCAUGGUGCAUGCCUACAGCAAGAUAUUCGGCGUGCUCAAGCCCGUGUUCGAUGGUCGCAACAAUCUGUACACCCGCGAUCCCCUGCCCAUUGGCAACGAACGGCUAGAGCUAGAAGUGACACUGCCCGGCGAGGGCAAGGAUCGCAUAUUCCGCGUGACGAUCAAGUGGCAGGCGCAGGUCUCGCUCUUCAAUCUGGAAGAGGCUCUCGAAGGCCGCACCCGGCAGAUACCGUACGAUGCCAUUUUGGCAUUGGACGUGGUCAUGCGUCAUCUGCCCAGCAUGACGUACACUCCGGUGGGACGGAGCUUCUUCAGCUCCCCAGAUGGUUACUACCAUCCCCUGGGCGGUGGACGUGAGGUGUGGUUCGGUUUCCAUCAGAGCGUGAGGCCCUCGCAGUGGAAGAUGAUGCUCAAUAUUGAUGUUUCGGCCACCGCUUUCUACAAGGCGCAACCCGUCAUUGAUUUUAUGUGCGAGGUGUUGGACAUACGCGAUAUCAACGAGCAACGCAAGCCGCUCACUGAUUCGCAGCGCGUCAAGUUCACCAAGGAGAUCAAGGGCCUCAAGAUCGAGAUUACGCACUGCGGCCAAAUGCGUCGCAAGUAUCGCGUGUGCAAUGUCACCCGUCGUCCCGCCCAGAUGCAAUCCUUCCCACUGCAGCUGGAGAACGGCCAGACCGUGGAGUGCACCGUCGCCAAGUAUUUCCUGGACAAGUACCGCAUGAAGCUGCGCUAUCCGCACUUGCCCUGCUUGCAGGUUGGCCAGGAGCACAAGCACACUUACCUGCCCCUGGAGGUGUGCAACAUUGUGGCUGGGCAGCGAUGCAUCAAGAAGCUGACCGAUAUGCAGACCUCGACCAUGAUCAAGGCCACCGCUCGCUCGGCUCCGGAUCGUGAGCGCGAAAUCAACAACCUGGUCAAGCGGGCCGACUUCAACAACGACUCCUAUGUGCAGGAGUUCGGCCUGACCAUCUCCAAUUCAAUGAUGGAAGUGCGCGGCCGGGUGUUGCCGCCACCCAAGCUUCAGUAUGGGGGACGUGUGUCCACCGGCAUCACCGGCCAGCAGUUGUUCCCGCCGCAGAACAAGGUGAGCCUGGCCUCGCCCAAUCAGGGUGUCUGGGAUAUGCGUGGCAAGCAGUUCUUCACCGGCGUAGAGAUCCGUAUUUGGGCUAUCGCCUGCUUCGCCCCACAGCGUACGGUGCGCGAGGAUGCGCUGCGCAACUUUACCCAGCAGCUGCAGAAGAUCUCAAACGAUGCCGGCAUGCCGAUCAUUGGACAGCCUUGCUUCUGCAAGUACGCCACCGGGCCGGAUCAGGUGGAGCCGAUGUUCCGUUACCUAAAGAUCACCUUCCCUGGACUGCAGCUCGUUGUGGUAGUGCUGCCCGGCAAGACGCCGGUGUAUGCUGAAGUGAAGCGCGUCGGAGACACCGUUCUUGGCAUGGCCACACAAUGCGUGCAGGCGAAGAACGUGAACAAGACAUCGCCGCAGACGCUGUCCAAUCUGUGUCUCAAGAUCAACGUCAAGUUGGGCGGUAUCAACUCGAUCCUGGUGCCCUCCAUCCGGCCCAAGGUCUUCAACGAGCCCGUCAUCUUCCUGGGCGCCGAUGUGACCCAUCCGCCAGCUGGCGACAAUAAGAAACCAUCGAUUGCUGCCGUCGUUGGCUCUAUGGAUGCACAUCCGUCGCGCUAUGCUGCCACCGUGCGGGUGCAGCAGCAUCGCCAGGAGAUCAUCCAGGAGCUGAGCAGCAUGGUGCGUGAGCUGCUGAUCAUGUUCUACAAAUCGACGGGCGGCUACAAGCCCCACCGCAUCAUCCUGUAUCGCGACGGCGUCUCCGAGGGUCAGUUCCCGCAUGUCCUGCAGCACGAACUGACGGCCAUUAGGGAGGCGUGCAUCAAGCUGGAGCCGGAGUACCGGCCGGGCAUUACGUUCAUCGUGGUGCAAAAGCGACAUCACACACGUCUCUUCUGCGCCGAGAAGAAGGAGCAGAGCGGCAAGUCGGGCAACAUACCCGCUGGCACCACCGUCGACGUGGGCAUCACACAUCCCACCGAAUUCGAUUUCUAUCUGUGCAGCCACCAGGGCAUCCAGGGCACCAGUCGCCCCUCGCAUUAUCACGUCCUCUGGGAUGACAAUCACUUCGACUCGGACGAGCUGCAGUGCCUGACGUACCAGCUCUGUCACACGUAUGUUCGCUGCACCCGUUCCGUCAGCAUACCGGCGCCAGCCUACUACGCCCAUCUGGUGGCCUUCCGGGCCAGAUACCAUUUGGUGGAGAAGGAGCACGACUCGGGCGAGGGAUCGCACCAGAGCGGCUGCUCCGAGGAUCGUACGCCUGGCGCCAUGGCCAGGGCCAUCACAGUGCAUGCGGACACCAAGAAGGUCAUGUACUUUGCCUAAAAAGUAUAUCGGACACCGAACACCAAGCAAGCAACCAAGCAACCACCCCACACCGAACACCAAAAAGCUAAAGAGAAUACAAAAUCAGUUUCGAAAUUCGAUUCGAAUAAGCCAACUCCUCCCCCAAUCCUCAGUCCUCCUCCGACCACAGCGAGCGAAUGAAAGCCAAGCAUAGAAUUGUAAAAAUAAGUUUAAAAGUUAUAUAUAUAUUUUAGGUUGAGCGAUAGCGCGAGGAUCUUGCAUGCAAUUAGUUAUUUAGUAAGCUGAAAGAUAGCCCACAAAGACACAAAAGCCAAGCCCACUCAUAUGCAUCCACACAAAGAGCAGCAAGUGAGAAAUGUUAGGUAUAUAGGGAAUCGAAUGUUAAGCACAAGUUUGCGCAACUGAAGAAUGAACUAAACGAAAGCAAAAGUAAAAUGUGAACAAAAAAUUCUCAAAAAACAAAAGAAGCGUAGCAAACCAAUAAUAAAAGCAAAUAGAAAUCAACUAAAAGGGAACAAAAGCGAACGUCGACAGCAACAACCAACCAACCAAUAAAAACACGAAAGGAAAGGGAAAGCAGAGAGAAGCAAAGCAAAGAGCGGCGGCAAACACAAAAAGAGAAGAGGAGAUAACUUUUUCUAAUAGGAUUAUUACGAUUAAAUUGUACAAUAUAUUUUUACACGAUACGAAAUUGAAGACAUAAAGGAGCUAAGAUGAGAUGAAUGAAUGCAUACAACCAAAGGUUUUUUAGUAUACAAAAAAUGAAUAAGUUGCUGAUUGACUCGAACCACAACACAAAGCACACACAACACACAACAUCAACUCGGAUUCUCUGGACUGUGAACGAAGACCACCACCAAAAUAAUUAACAAGAAACAAGAACCACUAGCAGCGGCAUUGAAACCAAGCAAGCGAGAGCAACUUAGCAUGUACUAAAAGAAUGGAAAAUACUUCAAUAACUAGGAGCGCAGAUUAAAAAACCGAGCAAAAAGAACAUUUAAUAGUUUGUAAGAGUUGGGAGAACGCCAGCGCAGAUCAGAUAAUAGAUGAUGAGUAACGAGAACUGCAAAUUCAACAAGGGACAGACAUCAUUUUUGGUCAAAACAAUAGGCUAUAUACUAUAAAUUAGAGCGGAUAAUAUAUAUAUAUAACCAAACUAAGUUAAAGUUUUUAACCGAUGCGACAUAAUGGGAAAUACUUAAAAAUUCGAAAGUGCAAAUAAAACACGGUAGAAGUGCAGAUAUUUUUAUGUUAGUCUUUAGUCGAGCCUCCACACACACAUAUAAACACAAUCUGAACCUCUUUUCCCCUCCCUGCAAGGCAUAUCACUCAAUGUCCUCUUAUUUAUGUACCUCCUAACGAUAUUUAGUUUGUACUUUAUAAAUAUUUUUUAAAAAAGCGCUAAACAAGCAGGCCUGCUUCUUCACUGUAAACUCUGUAUUAAUUAUUAACUUUAGAGCCAAGUGGUGUACGGGUAAUAUAAUAAUAAUCUAAACAGGCUAGAGAGCGAGAGCGACGAUGGCAACUACAUUUCAAUAUUUUACAAAGUAGUCUUUAGUUUUCUUUGCCAAUUCAAUCAAUCAACAAAACAAGCAACCAACAAAAGCAACCAUAAACAAAUAUCAUGAUGUAUGAGAGAAACGUAUGCUUAAUAAUUGUACUAUAUCGAGGACACAGACACAGUUCAAGUUAACAUUAUGAUGAGUUGUUAUAUUUAUUCGGUGCGGUGCAGCGGCGCACCGCAGCCUUAUUUAUACUUGUGUACAAUCCUUUACAGAUCCUUUUAAUUUUAGAUUUAGUUUGCGAGCAUGUAUGUUUUGGCCAUCAAUCGUACAUUUGUGACAGAGCAUUAUAAAAUACAUAAUAUUUAAAUCAA